AUGGAUUAUACGGUCUAUGAAGCAUGCAGUGAUAGAAUUAUAGACUCAGACAAUCGGGUGGUGAGCGCAGACGAAGUGCUGGCUCAGAAAGUUGGCGAGCUGGUGCCCAUCCCGUUCAAAACCCGGGAAGAUCUGGAAAUUGCAUCUGCGCAAGACCGCAAGGAUGGAUUGUUUGAAGGUGAAUUGGUGCCACGGAUGGAUCUGCGCGUGCUGCAUUACUUUGGCACACAGCUGGUUUUGCAGAAGUAUCCCCAUCUUGUAGGUGCUUUUGACGAGACUAGUCUUAUUGCGUUGGGGCUGGUGGUGGAAAAAUGGGUGAAGGAUAGCAUUGUCUCGAAGGAUGAGGUAGACAGAAAGAGGGGCGACGACGAGGAGACGGGGAAUCUGGGCAUAGGCGUCGGUCCCUCGCAGGUGAUUUGCAAAAAGGUAGACUACAGGCACUCGCCAUCGAAUAUAUGA